AUGGUGGAAUCCCAAAGCAUUAAACUGCUUCAGGAGACAUCCAAGGUUCAUUUCACUGGAGAAAUUGGAAAUCAAACAACUGUCACAGAAUUCUCCCUUUUGGGAUAUUCUGCAGUUCGAGAACUACAGAUUUUACACUUUGUGGUGUUUCUUUCCAUUUAUUUGGCAGCCUUGGUGGGGAAUUUCCUUCUCAUCCUGACUGUAGCCCAGAAUCCAUCCCUUCGUAGUCCCAUGUAUUUCUUCCUAGCCAAUCUUUCCUUAUCAGAUGCUUGCUAUAUCUCUGCCACUGUCCCCAAAUCCAUGACAAUUUCUAUGACAAACAGCAAUUUGAUUUCUUUCUCUGGAUGCCUCAUCCAACUUUUUUUAGUUGUUACAUGUGCAGGUGCUGAAUUGACUUUUCUUACUGUCAUGGCUUAUGACCGCUAUGUAGCCAUUUGUCAUCCUCUGCAAUAUGCAACAGUCAUGAACUGGAAUGUUUGCUUCCAAAUGGCAGCAGCUUCUUGGAUUAGCAGCCUAAUCAAUGCUGCUAUACACACUGCAAACACAUUCAGGUUAUAUUUCUGCACCCCUAAGAUUAAACAAUUUUUUUGUGAUAUCCCCCAGUUACUAAUAAUGUCUUGCACUGAUGCAACAACCAGUGUGGUGGUUCUUCUUGUGGAAACCAUUGUUAUUUGCUCAUUUUGCUUUUUUUAUAUCUUAACUUCUUAUGGGUUCAUCUUUUGUACAGUGUUUAAAAUUCAGUCUGCCCAAGCCAGGUCCAAAGCCUUUUCCACCUGCAUUCCACACCUGGCUGUUUUUUGCUUGUUUCUUUUUACUGGAGUGUUUUCUUACUUGAGACCAAGAUCUUUAUCUACACCACUGGUGGACCCCGUGGCUGCUGUAUUGUACACUAUCUUGCCACCCCUCCUGAAUCCCAUUAUUUAUAGUUUGAGAAACAAAGAAAUUCAAGCAGCCAUGCAGAAAAUGUCAAAGAACCUAUUUAGAUUUCACUUGAUCAUGUGA